AGGGACGGCAUGAGUGACAGAGCUGCAGCCAGGCGGUGGGGUAAGUGUGGACAUUCGUGCAGUAGAGAGAGGAUCAUGGUGGCUUUCAAAGGCGUCUGGACACAAGCUUUCUGGAAGGCAGUCGCAGCAGAAUUUCUAGCCAUGCUUAUCUUCGUCUUGCUCAGCCUGGGAUCCACCAUCAACUGGGGCGGGUCAGAGAACCCCUUACCUGUGGACAUGGUCCUCAUCUCCCUGUGCUUUGGACUCAGCAUCGCUACCAUGGUGCAGUGCUUUGGCCACAUCAGUGGUGGCCACAUCAACCCUGCUGUGACCGUGGCCAUGGUAUGCACGAGGAAGAUCAGUAUUGCCAAGUCAGUCUUCUACAUUGCUGCACAGUGCCUGGGGGCCAUCAUUGGAGCUGGAAUCCUCUAUCUGGUCACACCUCCCAACGUGGUGGGAGGCUUGGGGGUCACCACGGUUCAUGGAAACCUUACUGCUGGCCAUGGGCUCCUGGUGGAGUUGAUAAUCACAUUCCAGUUGGUGUUCACUAUUUUUGCCAGCUGUGAUUCCAAACGGACUGAUGUUACCGGUUCAAUAGCUUUAGCAAUUGGAUUUUCCGUCGCAAUUGGACAUUUGUUUGCAAUCAAUUAUACCGGGGCCAGCAUGAACCCAGCCCGAUCCUUUGGACCUGCCGUUAUCAUGGGAAACUGGGAAAACCACUGGAUAUACUGGGUUGGACCAAUAAUAGGCGCUGUGCUCGCGGGUGCCCUUUAUGAGUAUGUCUUCUGCCCUGACGUGGAGCUCAAACGGCGCCUUAAGGAAGCCUUCAGCAAAGCUGCACAGCAGAGCAAAGGAAGCUACAUGGAGGUGGAGGACAACAGGAGUCAAGUGGAGACAGAGGACCUGAUUCUGAAACCCGGGCUGGUGCAUGUCAUUGACAUUGACCGCGGGGAAGAGAAGAAGGGGAAAGACCCGUCUGGAGAGGUAUUGUCUUCGGUAUGA